AUGGCUAUGCUUCCGCCUAGGAAAACGAAGACCGUGUCAACUGAAAAGAAUUGUAAACAUUCAAUGACACCCCUUCAAACCCUUUUACAAAUGGGAUUCCCCCUAAAUCGAACAGAAAAAGCUUUGGCAGCUACCGGAAAUCGAGGAGUUCAAUUAGCUGCYGAUUGGCUCUUGGCUCAUGUAAAUGAUACUUCAUUAGAUUCCAGCACUAGUAGAGAGUAUAUCAUCUAUGCCUGUCCAACUGGGUCAUUAAUGUAUGAGUUAAGAGAAUUUUGGAAUAAAUCAGCUAAUAAAUGUGGACGCAAUGGAGCUCAUAAUUUUUUGCCUCAUAUUACUCUAGUAUCAUUUUUUCAGGUACCUGAUGAAUAUGCUAAUGCACUGGUAUCUAUACUAAAAAAUGUUUUAGAUGAGGUCAUUAAAGAAAUGAUAGUCAAUGACUUUCAUUUAGAAACUUACACUUCAUCAAAUUUUAUGGGUUUUUUUUUAUCUGAUCAAGGAUCAAGCUUUUUAAAAAGAAUUGCAGUACUAUAUGCAGAAAAAAUCACAGAUCUUGUUGGAGUUCAAGUAGAUCCCCAUUUGAAAUCUUUACAUUUAACUUUGGCAUAUCAAUUUGAUGUAAGCCAAAAAGAAACUUUGAAAUCAUUAAUCAAAUCCACCAUAAAUCCAUCAACUCCAUGUUUAUGGGAACUAAAGUUAUAUUCUAGGGAACCAUUAGCUGCUUAUAAACAGGUAUAUAAGGUUGUAUAUGCACACGUCCCACAAGCUACUGAUGAAUUAGAACUAAGAAUAGGUGAUUAUAUAUAUGUAUCUAAAGAAAGCAUAGAUAAUUCUGUUGAUGGCUGGGCUGAAGGAAUGUCUUGGUUAACUGGAUGUAAUGGUUACUUUCCUCUAUGCUACACUGAACGUACUGCUGAAUCUGAUACUUGGACUCUACAUUGUUCAUUGCCUUUAGAUGGUAGUUAUCAUGAAUCUUUAGAAGUUAAUGAUUCAAAUAUGACUGAAGAAAAGCUAGUUGAAAAAUAUGGCACUAGUUUCGUUCCAGUUGAUUACACACCACAUUCAGAAUCUCCAAAAGGUCCCAAAUCUCAAAAAAUAUACAUUUGUCGACAUGGGGAAAGAGUAGAUUUCACUUUUGGGACAUGGGUGCCUUAUAGUUUUGAUUCUGAUGGAAAAUAUGUGAGAAAAGAUUUAAACAUGCCCCCAAAUAUUCCUCAACGGCGAGAUUUUCCAAACUCUUACCAAACUGAUACUCCACUCACUUGUGUUGGUGAAUAUCAAGCUAAAUUAACUGGAUGGGGUAUGAAAGCUGCUCAGUCUACCAAAUUAAUUCAACAUGUUUUUUGCUCACCAUCAUUACGCUGUGUUCAAACUUGCCAUAAUAUCUUAGUUGGCCUUGAUAUUGAUAAACAAGUUUCGAUUUGUAUUGAACCUGGUAUAUUUGAAUGGCUUGGUUGGUAUAAUCAGUCUGGGCUACCUGAUUGGAUGAGUAAUGAAGAGUUAAUAGCUGCUGGUUUUAAUGUUAAUUCCAAAUAUGAAGCUUUAGUAUCAUUACCAUUUUUAACUGAAAAUAUGUCAGAAACAGUUGAACAGUAUUAUUUAAGAUGUGACGAAGUAAUACAGAAUGUAAUCAAAUCAACUGAACCCAAAGGUGGUGAUAUAUUGCUGGUAGGUCAUGCUUGUUCAUUGGACUCUUUUUCAAGAUCAUUACUUCAUAAAUCUCCUCGUACUAAACAAAAUUUUGUUAAAAUGGUUAAAGACAUCCCUUAUUGCGGCCUAGUAACUUUAAUGACUGAUGGAAUUAAUGAUUGGACAUUUGUAGAUCCUCCAGUUCCACCAUUAACUAACUCUAUUAAUAAAAGAUUUAAUUGGAAAGUUUUAACCACUGACUUUGAUGUUUCUCCGAAUUAAGUAUGUUUUAACACAUUGACURCUGUGUGAUCACUGGCGGUCUUCUGUAAUUCUCAAAUUCUAUAUUUUUGUUACUUGGCACCCAUAGUUGGGUAACUACUAUGUGACAUGACGGUUGAAGGUCAUAAAUGAAUAUGAUUUUAUAUUAAUAACUUUUCCAUGAUGCUACAAUAAUGUACUAAAAAGAGCGCUGUGGCGUAGUGGGGAUCAUUCCAUUUUUUUUUUUAUAUAAACUUUUUUGUUGUUUUAUUUUUUAAAUUUUUUUCAAAUAAUAUAGUAUUUUGUACAAACUUUGUAUGACAUGGAAAAAUAUGCUUGGCUUGUUGAUAGUACAUAUCAUGUGACCGACGGUGUCAUAUGGCAGACAUGAUGUUAAUUCCUAAACUAGUAUGACCUGAUAUAAAACAAAAUGAAUUUAUUUAAAAUUAUAAUUUUUUUAAACCUCGCUUAUUCUAACUUGAACAAAUUAUCACAGUUGAAUAUGAUAGAUUCAUAACAAAUAUGUUUAUUUUUAAUUAUAUAGGUUGUUAACAAGUCUGGCAAACCGCAUUUGGAUGUAGAUCGACUAACCCCAGAGGUCAAACUUUUUACAAUACAAUUUAAAAAAUCACCUAUCCUUCAUUUCACCUAAUGCCCCAACCUACUAGCCAUCCCACACAAAUCGUCACCCAGACAUACUAGAUUUUUUCAUAUCCUCGCUACCAAACCACUUAAAUAAUGAUAUAAUAAACCUUGAAGAACUGUCUAGUGACCACUCCCCAAUUCUACUCCACCUAGGUGGUAAACCAGAAAACUUAAACAAUACUCUACACUCUAGACAAAUUAAUUUCAAUUUAUUCCAAAAAAAAUUAGACGAACGCAUAAUUGACUAACAUCUUGCGAUGACAUAGACAGUGCUUUACAAUUCCUCAUUACAACUAUCUAAGAAGCAAUAACAGACUCAACCUCUUCACCAUCAAAUACAAAUAUACCAAUAAAACCACACCAAUAUACUUAUUUACCCCAGAAUUUAAAAGAAUUAAUUAACAAAAAACAUCAAGCUAGAAAAAUUUGGCAUCAAACYCACUACCCAGAGCACAAACAUGAAUUAAAUUAAUUAAUAAAUAAACUGAAAAAAGAUCUGCAAACCUUWAAAGCCAAUCAAUUUCAUUCAUUUUUAUCAUCACUUACACCCGUCAAUGGUUCCUUAUGAAAAUCGAUAAAAAAGAAAAACCAAAAGAAAAGACAUAGUCCCCCUUUAACAAAUUCUAUCUAGCCAUAACCAUCAGUGAAAAARCAAAUUUAUUUGGCAAUCACCUAUCAGAAACUUUCCAACCCCACUCAGAUACAAAUUACAAUUUAACAACACACAUAGAAAAUGUUGAGACUUUUCUUAAGAGUUCACUACCAGCUAAACUAAUUACACUACAAGAAAAAUAUUAUAUUACUAAACUAUGCAAUAACAAAUCCCCAGGGUAUGAUCUAAUUGACAGUAAAAUACUCAAAAAACUAACAAAUAAAACCAUUCUUCUUCUGACUCACAUAUACAAUACACUGCUCAGGUUAUCAUGAAUUAUUCCCCCAAUAUGGAAAUUCUCAACAAUAAUAUUAAUUGCUAAGCCAGAAAAACCAAAGCAUUUAGUAACCUCAUCCGCUUGAUAAAUCUACUACUGACGUUAGGGAAACUUUUUUAAAAACUACCUUUUAAAAGAAUAACCCCUAUUAUCAAAGAAAACAAUAUCGUCCCAAAUACUCAAUUCGGAUUCCAAUCAUAUCAUUCAACAAUCCACCAAAUACACAGAAUAACUGAUAAAAUAUAAUCAUUUGAAAAAAAAGAACACUACCCAGGUGUAUUCCUUGAUAUCGCGCAAGCAUUUGAUCGUGUUAGGUAAAACGUAUUAUUGUUCAAAUUAAAAUAAUUUCUACCUGCUCCACAUUUUCUCAUUCUAAAAUCUUAUCUCGAAGACCGAUAUUUCACUGUUAAACAUAACAAAUCUUACUCUGUCUACCAUAAGAUCAAAGCAAGAGUACCCCAGGGAAGUGACCUAUCACCUAUACUCUACAAUAUCUUCACAUCAGAUAUCCCCAAAACAAACCUUACAACUCUAGCAACAUAUUAUGCAGACGAAACCGCCAUACUAGCAUCAAACAAAGACCCAAAUAUUUCCUACGAUAUACAAUACCAUUUAAAUCUAAUCUUCAAUUAGAUUCAAAAGUGGAAAAUUAAAAUAAACGAAAACAAAUCAGUUCAAAUAAAUUUUUCUCUGAAUAAAAACAAAUGUCUACAUCUUUUGCUCAAUAAUUUGUCAAUUACUAUCCAAAAUGUAACUUAGGAGUUCAUUGAGAUAAAAGACUUACCUGGGCCCAAUAUACAAAACAGAAAAGAAAACAAUCAAACACACGUCUACAUCUCCUCCGUCCAUUGUUAUCUUCUUCAAUGGAUUUAAAAAACAAAAUAUUAAUAUUCAAGAUGAUUAUUACCCCCCUUUGUUCAUAUGGUAUUCAAAUCUGGGGCCAAGCCAAACCAUCCAAUAUAAAGCCCAUACAAGCUUUCCAGUUUAUAUGUCUCUGACAAAUAACUGGAGCCCUAUGGUAUAUGGCCAACAACGCAUUACAUAAGGAUUUACAUCCCAACAGUCAAUGAAAUAGCAACUCGACAAUACAAAAAGUUCCACUCCAAACUGUACUCAAACCAAAACCCUCUAUUACCAUCCCCAACAACCCUCCGAGGAGGUUAAAAAGAAAAUGGCAAAGAGACGCUCUUGCACAUAACCAAAAAAAACGGUCUCUUAAGUAUAUGAACCCACAAAAAAUAACUAAUGACUUAUUAUAUUAUUACUAUUAUUAUUAUUAUUACUUUGUCAACAACUUAUGUAUCAUUUGUAAAAUAACUUAUUUCAUUAAUUGUAUGCAAUGUACAUAUUGUUUUUUUCAUAACCACAAUUUAUAAAAAUGU